AUGAGCUAUCCGCUGCUGCGGCGUUUGCCGCUGGGUGCGCUGGACCGGCAAGUGGCGCGCGCAAGUAUGCAAAUAUGUCACAAGAUCGUCAUGCAGCAGCUCUACAUCUCGCGCGCAGACGCAGCCAAGCAGUGGGUCGUAGUGUCCAAUCCAUCAGAGGAGUGCGUCGAAUUGACGGGCUUCAGUUUGAAUUGCAGUGGCAGCAGCGACGUCUUCAAUUUCCCUGCCAAGUACACACUAUUACCAGGCGACGAGGUGGCUAUAUGGUGCUCUCCGGGUGAUCUUAAGCUUGACGUGGAUAAUCUACUGCAGCCUUAUCUCUUCUGGGCCAAAGCCGACGGAUCAUUGCGUAACGAGUCAUUCUUCUCUGCGGGUCAGGAUAAUGAAGUGUUACUUUUGGACCCUCUUUUUAUUGAAGUGUCGUCCAUUCGAGUGGCUACAGACGGUCGGAAGGAGUUCCGCGUAUUGCACUGCAAGUCCGCACACUCGAGGACUCUUCGCAGCGAGAUUGACACACGAUUCUGUGUCGGAUGUCUGUCUCCUCCAGAGUUCGAGAUACGCACGUCACGACCAACUCCUGAGAGCGGGAUAAUCACCUCGCCACCGCCGAAUCAACGAGAGGUCUACGUGUUUUCAAGAUACUGGGGCGUCGUGUCGGACAAGUCGCUGUUUGAGCACUUUCUGGCGGUCUCGUUGGUUCCGCUGUUGGAAUCAUUUCGUGCAGUAUUAAUCUACGUGAUGCUGUGCAUGUUCCGACCCGCAACAAGCACUGGUUCAGGUCCGCAAUUGCGCUCCAACGUGACGACGCUGCUGCUCAUGAUGUUAGCUUGCGACGUCAUCGCACGAAGACUCAUGCUGUGCAUCAAGAGUGGAUUAUUGGUCACAAUUGCAAGCUUCACGUCUGUCGUACUGGAUCGAGUGGCAGUGCUGGUGCUGUAUUUGUCGCUGCAAAGACUGUACCCGGCGUUAAGCUCUUCCUUCCAGUAUAUGCUCACUGUUGAUCUCAGUGUCAGCUGCAUCAACGCUGCUGCAGUGCACGUGCGCUUCUUGGAAGAACGACGAGAUUGGCAUCUAUUGUUCAAGCAAUUCGCACACUGGGACUACAGAUACCGAGCAAUCAUUUGCGCAUGUGGCGUUGGUCGCGAGCUGCUACUACAUUUGCUACUCCUGCUCCCGUUCGGCAGCCACCCGUCGCCUGUAUGGAAAGCUGUAGGAUAUCUGCUCGUGCCGCUCUUCACUCUGGCAUCGGGUGUCGAUCUUGUACGCGCAUUUGCCACCAUCUUGCAUAUUCUCCGAUACCCCUUUAAAGAGGACCCACCGAUGAUAUUCUCCACACCCAAAGGGAUCCGCUUUAGAUCCCGCUACCCACAAAGUUAG